GUUUAUGAAUGUAUCUUGUUCAGAGCCCAUCACAGUGGACGGUUGAUCGAACGGACGAGGGAAGACAACGUCGUCUUAACCACCAAGUGAAAUCGAUGGCAGAUGGAGUGAGGCGCGCAUUAUUCUCAAUUAUUUGAUGCUGCGAGUUGGAGUCGGUGUGGGUGUGAAGUGGCUACACUGUUUGUUUGAAUUGGUGUUCCCCGUUGCCGUCUUUGCCCAUUGUCUUCAUUGCUUGCCCUGAGUCUACAUUGCUGUAUUGUGUGUUGUUUCUGCUUUAUGUUUGCUGACCUAACCGUGCUAUGCACUGCGAUUGUCGCUGUCGAGACCACUGAUGUGUGAGAAUUCCAGCAAUUUCGAGUCAACCGAUGCCUGGUUUGCUGCUGCGAAACUAGCCAUGACUUCCCCGUAUGACUCUCUUGGAGGUGACGAGGAUGCGGUCCGAGAGGAGCUUAGGGUUACAAUACUCGAACUUCUAGGAAAGAGGGCACCAGCUGCCACCAUAUGCCCUUCGGAAGCUCCCAGAGCGCUGCAUCCUGAAAAUUGGAGGGACCUUAUGGACAUCACCAGAGAGGUAGCACGUCAACUAGCUUUGAGCGGUCGCAUCGAGAUCACACAGAAAGGGAGAGUAAUACAUCCUGAAGACCCACUGCGAGGACCCAUUAGAUUGCGGUUGGCAAGCGGCAAGCCGCCGUCCGCAUCCAAGUAGUUGUCUACAACAAAGUUGCAUUUUGACGAAAAGAGACGAGGAAUAAAUUUUCACGCUGCCAAUGUUAACCGUUACUGUCCAGCUUGGCCGUGUAAACUCGAAAUGACCAGUGAACAAGUACAUUGCAGUGAGGACAUGGCUAUCCUCAUCUCCUUCACAUUAGCAAAGCAUGAAUUGUUUUUUUUUUUUUUUUUUUUCUUCUAAUGUAAUAUCAGCAAGAGCAGCAUUAACUUGCAUUCUUGCAGCCCUGCAUAUCAAACCAAAUUCGGUAAUGAUAUCUUACUUGCUAGCUUAACUUGGAUAUCUCCUCUGUAGGAAUUCUCGAGGGUUCUUAGGUGGACAAAUUGAAGAGUCACGUCUUCGUAGUCUUUGUGAUGUGUAAUCAAGCGUCCUGUGACUUUUCAGGUUUCAGUUUUUUCCCUUUCCUCAAAUAGGUUAACAAUCAAUAUGUUUUUUUGUCACCUCCUCAACUCACACGUGAUUAACGAAAUGAUUUACUUGGA